AUGCCUACCAAAGAGGGCCGCGUAACGAAAAACCAGGCCCGCAAGUCCGGUGCCCACCAACGACGCGUCCAACACCCGCGGAGGACCUCCAUUUCGAAGACUCGACGCGUCUCACAACAGCAUACCACAGACCUACCCUUAGUCGAGCGCACCAAUGCGCUCGCAACCGACCAGUUUAUCUCGCAAUAUGUGACUCCACUAGCCACGCCCACGCCUACAGCUACAGGUAGUGCCAGUGCUAGCACUACAACCUCAAUUACAGGGAAUGAACAGACAAAAGAACUCCCAAUAAACAGCCAUACAUUGCCAACCCCGCCAUCUACCCAGCUAAACGCAAACUUGAACGCGCCCACGACAACAACUACCCCGACCCCACUAGCCGUCUACUCAUCAUCAACCAUCCCCCCACUAGACCUAGAAGCAUGUCUCGAUCUCAUCGAGCAAACCUCCGGCGACGCGUAUACCGCGUCGGGAAUAGGCUGGUCGCGUCCGAAGAAGCGCAAGGAAAUGAAAUUGCCCGAUAUGAAAUACCUGCUUGUGCGGGGUGACUCCGAGUUCGAGCCGGAGGGGCCACUGUUAUCAGCCGACGAUGCGCAGGGCGGACUAGUUGUAGUACCCGACGAACCGGUAUCCGAGUUGAAGUCGGGCUCGGGAUCGGGAUUGGGAUUGGAUUCGGAAAUGCGACAGAAGGACAAAGACCAAAAUGAAAUUCAAAGGCAAAACUCGGCUCGGCUUCUCGGCUUCUUAUCGUUCAUGGUUACGUACGAGGAUGGGAAAGAGGUGGUUUACUGCUACGAGAUCCACCUGUCGCCCAUUGCGCGGGGGAGGGGGCUAGGCGGUGUUUUGAUGAGUCGGAUGGAGGGGAUUGGGAGGUUAAUCGGGUUGGAGAAGGCUAUGUUGACUGUUUUCAAGUCGAAUGUUGCUGCGAGGGAGUUUUAUAGGAAAGGUGGGUAUGAAGUUGAUGAGAAUUCGCCCCAGCCGAGGACGUUGAGGAACGGGACAGUGAAGGAGUGGGAUUAUGAGAUUUUGUCCAAGAGGUUGAUGUGA